AUGAAGCCGACUUUGUGGACUUUGGAGGAACGUGUCAUCAAGAACAAGCUGUUGCGACAAAAUGAGUUCGCGUUCUACCUCAAUGUCGACAGCAAUCGCCCUAGUGCCUUGCUGUGGGGAGGCGUGGAUAAGGAUCUCUAUGAGGGAGACAUCGUCAUGUUCCCCGUGGUGAAGCCACACUAUUGGGCCCUGGAGCUCGUGGACUUCAGGAUCGGCAACCGCUCACUCCUCGGCAAAAAGCCCACUUAUUUGAUUGUGGACACCGGAACCACCUACUUCACCGCACCAGAGUCUAUCUAUGGGGCAAUCAUGGACUCCUUCCCAGAGGCUCCGUGUUCUCAUGUUGAGAAGACCUAUCUGCCAUUGACCUAUGUCCUUCGAAGUGGCCCGAGCAGCACCUGGGAUCUUAAGGUCUCCCAAGAGACGUACAUGGUGGGCGACGACGCAGACAACUGCAUGCCUGCUUUCAUGAGGCUUGACAUCAAGAAAGAGUUCGGCCCUGCCAUGAUCCUAGGGGAGGUCUUUAUGCGCCAUUUCUUCACUGUCUUUAGUCGUGGCAGUGGGGAUUUGAAUGAGGCCAAAGUGGGCUUUGCGCCAGCAAAGCUGGGUCAGACGCCCAAGGUCACUUCGAAUUCUUCCUUUCAGACCGCGACCAGUCCGGAGGCCUCUUUGAUCCGUCGUGAGCGGUAG